CUUAAAUGGAUGGAAAGGAAUAAUUAAAAACAGUAUAAAUUCGCAGUUUUUACCGGUUAGAUUUUUUGCGGGAUCCUGAUAUAUUUGCGUCGUUAGUAAGGUUCGUUUAAUCGUAGAAACGAUCGAAGCGUAGUCUUUACAUUCGAAUUAACCUCAUUGAUGUAAUGUUUAUGACUGUCAAAGGUUAUUAACGUUUACUUUUGUGCGAAAGGAUCAUACAUCGAUGCUGAAAACGACAGCUUACACUCGAUCUUUAUAUUCAACGCUAAUUCGCUCAGUCGUUCGGUACUUAACGUCGAGGAAAAUUAUGGCGUCGAGCAAUCUUGAAACAAAAUUGUCUUUCGAAGACGAAAAACAGAAGUUCUUGAACAUGCCGAUAGAAGAAAAGAGAAGCUUUUAUAAGUCGAAUAUAAACACCGUGGAUGGAAUAGCAACGUGGGCAGAAUAUUGGACUAAAAAGAGAAAUAAUACCGACGUUAAAGCUUCGAAGGAAGGUCAAAAGGCUGACGAGGAGUUGGCCGGAAAGGUUUCUAUUUGGCAAGGAGACAUUACCACUCUCGAUAUCGAUGCGAUCGUCAAUGCGGCUAACUCGCGUCUUAUCCCUGGUGGAGGAGUCGACGGUGCUAUACACAGAAGCGCAGGACCCUAUUUGAAAAUGGAAUGCGCGACGUUAGGGGGAUGUCCUGUCGGCAAAGCUAAAAUCACAGGAGGAUAUAUGUUGCCAGCUAAAUAUGUCAUUCAGACGGUCGGUCCGCAAGGAGAGAAGCCGGACAAAUUGAGGGAAUGCUACGAAAAUAGUCUUCUUCUGGCAAAAGAGAAUAAUUUAAGAACCAUUGCAUUCCCGUGCAUAUCUACCGGAAUUUACGAUUAUCCGCAAAGACCAGCAGCCGAAGUGGCCAUAUCCACGGUCAAAAAAUUUCUUCUCGACAAUAAAAACUCAAUGGAUCGAGUAAUCUUUUGCCUCUUCCUAGACAGCGAUAAAGAAAUAUACGAGGAUCUGUUACCAAAGUAUUUCGGUCCGAACUGAAUACGUCCUAGCGGUUAAAUUUACAUUUAGGAAUCGUAAAAGUAGCUAGCGUGGUUGAAUAAAAUUGUAUUUAAAUAUCUUUAAUAGUAUUCGCAUAAAAUUCAAAA